ACAGAGAGAAAGCUUAGAGAGAGGGAAUAUCACUGACAUAUAGAGGAGGAAGGCAACAAAAGUGGAUCAAAUUGGAAAGAGUCACUAUGACUACAGAUAGAUUAGAUCUCAGUGAGAUGUCUAGCAAUGGAUAGAGAGACGAAAACGAAAAUCAACCGUUCUACAUCAGAUCAUUUGAGGAUGCUUCAAGGUGCAGAAUCAACCUCUCGGGAGAUAAUGCUGUGAAGGCCCUGAGCAACCAAAGCCAGCAAGCUAUAGCACAGGGUGGAGGCCGUGAACGCAUUUGAACGAGCAAAAGAAAAAAAAAAUCAUGAGGACAUCCAGGAAAGGAAGCGUGGAAAUGCCUGCUUUUGUAAGGCAGCUGGUGAAGGAGACCGAGAAAAGGGUCACCUCCUUUUUUAAAGGGGGACGAGGGGGAGGUGCAGGGGAGCUGUCUGAAAGUGAAGAGGGAGGAGAGGAGGAAGGGGUCAUCCCUAGCCCCUACCUGGACCGACCGGUUCUGGACAAGCACAUGCAAGAGGGCUGUGCCUCCUGGGGGCUUACCUACGCCCUGGCCAGCAUGCAGGGUUGGAGAGCGCACAUGGAAGAUUUCCACAACUGCUUCCCUCAGCUGGGAGGGGAACUGGCCCACUGGGGGUUCUUCGCGGUGUAUGAUGGGCACGCAGGGAGCGCGGUGGCCCAACACUGCUCCCGAAAUCUGCUGGACCACAUCCUGGGCACAGGAAAGAUCCGAGCAGAUGAGGAUGUUGUAAGGGUCACUGAGGGCAUCAAGGAGGGCUUCUUUCUCAUGGACAAGCACCUUCAUGCCAUGGCCUGCCGUGAGGGUUGGGAACGCGGAGGGACGACUGUCAUUGCCACCGCUAUCACUCCACACCACAUCUACUUCGUGAACUGCGGGGACUCUCGGGCGGUCUUGUGCCGCGCUGGACGGGUGGCCUUCUCGACGGAAGACCACAAGCCCUUCAGCCCCAGCGAGAGGGAGAGGAUAGAGAGCGCUGGAGGAUCGGUGACUCUGCAGCGCGUCAACGGCUCGCUGGCGGUCUCCCGAGCGUUGGGGGACUUCAGUUACAAGACAGCCGAGUGGCGGCCGGUCACCGAACAGAUGGUAUCGCCAGAGCCGGAAGUGUCUGCUGUGGAGCGCUCUCCAGCAGAUGAGUUUCUGGUUCUGGCCUGCGAUGGUGUGUGGGACACUGUCACUAAUGAAGAGCUCUGUGCCUUCAUACACAGCCGACUGCGUGUCUGCACAGACCUGAGAGAGGUCUGCUCCCAGGUCAUAGACCUUUGCCUCUAUAAGGGGAGCCUUGAUAACAUCAGCAUCAUUCUAGUAUGUUUUCCCGGCGCCCCCCAGCUGUCACCUGAAGCACUGCACCAGGAGGCUGAGCUGGAGGACUUUCUGGAGUCCAAAGUAGCUGAGAUAUUUGAGGAGCUGAGCGCAAGAGGUGAUGAGCCUGAUCUGCUGUCAGUUCUGACAGUGCUGGCUUCUACAGUGAUUCCUGGACUUCCACCAGGGGGCGGCCUUCAGAGCAAGCGGAACUGUAUUAUUUCAGCCUACUAUCAGCAGAAAGAGGCAAGGCGAUGUAGAUUAGCCCAGGAACUCAGUCCUACAGAUGCCAACUAGAGUCUAUCUUACGUACACACUUAAUGGAUGUGCUAGACUGAGAAAGACGUAAUCAGUUUACUGUAUUUUCAAAUCAAAAAAUGAAAAAGAUCUUUUUGGACAGCAAAAAAAAAACAAAAAACAUUUUACUUCCUUCUUUUUGUAUGUUUCACGAAUGACAAAACUUACAAAAAGCAAUGCUGUGCCACAAUGCAGGACAAUAAUGACUGUAUAUAAUUUUGACUCUUUAGAUUGUGAUACGUUCAGUAUUUUCCUUACCAAAUGUAUUAAGUGAGUCUUACAAUCAAUAAUACUCAGGUAAUGUGUUCAAGCAGUGACGGCAAACCUUUGAGAUUCUCUUCAGGCUUGGCAUAUAAUGAGGUUUUUAAAUGAAUACGAUAAAAAAAAGACAGAACUCUUUGAAGAACAAGAUAACGCUGGUGCAGUAAAGGAAUAGUUCACCCAAAAAUGAAAUACUUGCCUUUAAUGCUUAGUUCUUUUUGAAGCAUGACAUGGCAUUGUUUGUUUAGAAAAAAUAAAAUAUUUUUUGUGUUUGAUAAUAAUAAUAAAACAUCAGUAAAAAUAUAAAAAAACCAGCAUACGGAUCUGGAAAAACAUGAGAGGGUUUUCGUUUUUGUGUCAACUAUUCCUUUAGGAAUGAAAGAAAUGCUAAAAUAUCUAAAAAGCCAAUUCUAUUAAUACAAGCACUUUUACAUGUUGGUUUAUACAUGCUCAUAAUCUGGUCACACUCACAGAGUUCAACUUUUCCUGUUCUCGAGUAGUUGUUUCCUGUAAUGCGCUCUACUCUGUUUGCAUGAUCUGUACUGUGUUGCCUUACUGACCUCUUCGAAAUUAUGCCAAUCUAUAAGCGUGUGAUAUUUACCGAGAUAUUUCCUAAUGACUAGCAAAUUAACUGAUGCAGUGCUGUAUCAUGUCGUGUAAUGAUCUUUGUGCACAUUUUACAGAUCUUGUGCAAUAUUUGUGCUAACAUAAAGGUUCGAGGUUGAGUAAUAAAAAUAGACAGAUCAA